CUAAGUGCCGGAGCAAGACAAAAAAGAAACGCUCCUCCGUCUUCUAUCUCCCUCUCUCUCUCCGACGAAGCCCCUCUGUUUCAGGUAAGGAGAGCACAGAGAGAUGGAGUUGGUGAAGAAGAUGGAAACAUCACACUGGUGGUGGUUGGAGAGUCAAAGCGCUUCUAAGCGCUCUCCGUGGCUUCAAUCCACUCUUUCAGAGCUAGACAGGAAGACGAAGGCAAUGUUGAAAUUGAUUGAGGAAGAUGCAGAUUCCUUUGCCCAACGUGCGGAAAUGUAUUACAAGAAGCGACCAGAGCUGAUUACCAUGGUUGAAGAUUUUUAUCGAGCCCACCGCUCAUUGGCUGAGCGGCAUGAUCAAAUGAAAUCAGAUGGUGGAACUCGUUUCUUAACAACACUGGGGUUCCCUUUCUCUCCAAUCAAAUACCCCUCAGAGAAAUCAACAGCUACGAUGGACCAAACCUCUGACAGUUGCUCUGAGACUUUUGAUGCUGAGGACGAUGCUGAAUCUGAAGUUGAGGAUCCUGAAGAGGAUGAGAGAUAUGAGAGAACUCAAAUCAACACAGGAAGAAAACAGCUAGAGAAUCCGGUGAAGGGAGGAGAGGAAAACCAAACUCACAUAGUAACGGAAGGGGUUGGAGAUACUGAAGAGGAAGAUGGAACUGUACUUGAUCAAGAAACAGAAGUAAUUUCAAGUGAGGAGUGCAAUGCUGAGUUGAUGAAGUUGAGGGAAGAAGUGGAGAGACUAAAGGAAGAGAACAAGUUUCAGAAGGCUGAACUGAUGGAGAAAGAUAAAGAGAAGAGCAGAGUUUUGAGUGAGCUCUGCAACAGUGAGGUAAUGAAGUUGAGGAUAGAAGUAGAGAGACUGAAGGAAGAAAACAAAGUUCAGAAGGUGCAACUGAUGGAGAAAGAUGAAGAGAAGAGCAAAGUUUUGAUUGAUCUCAGCAAUGUUGAAGUAAUGAAGUUGAGGGAAGAAGUAGAGAGACUGAAGGAAGUGGACCAGAUUCAGAAGGCUCAACUGAUGCAGAAAGAUGAGGAGAAGAGAGAGGUGAUUAGGCAGCUCAGUUUGGCUAUUCAAGUGCUCAAGGAUCAGAACAUGGAUCUGAGGAAGUGUGUCACUAGAGACUCCCCCAAGAAAUGGAACCCCUUUGACCUGAGCAAAUUGAAUGGAGGGUUCUUCGGGAAGUUAUUAAAUGGAUCACCAAAGUUUCAGGCCACUGUUGUAGCUCUUUAGAUGUAGGUUACAGGAAAGCAAGCAAGUAGAUUGACCAGUAGAAUACAGCAUUCAGACUUGUAUUUGUGGUAUUGUAUAUCUCAGAACUCGAUUUAUGUAGUGUUUAUCUUCAAAAAUAGAUAUAAUUAAUUGUUGCAGGUAAUCUUGCAUCUCUCUAUGUAAUAAAGGAAGUUUUCAAUU